AUGUCGACACUGGAGGAGCUGGAAAACGAACCGCAAUUGGAGAUCGACCAAGAGAUCUUGAACUUGUCGACGGGUGACAUUAUCAAUAGGACGAAAAUGAUGGAGAACGAGAUCCGUUUGUUCAGAUCGGAACUGCUUCGUCUCCAGCACGAGAAAAUUGCCAUGCUCCAGAAGAUCGAGGACAACAAGUUGAAAAUCAAAAACAAUAAGCAACUCCCGUACUUGGUGGGUAACGUGGUUGAGUUAUUAGACAUGGAGGCUGAAGCGGAGGCCAACGAGGAAGGCGCCAAUGUCGAUUUGGACGCUGCCAGAGUGGGUAAAUCGGCCGUUAUCAAGACAUCCACGAGACAAACCGUUUUUUUGCCGCUGAUCGGGUUGGUGGAGCCAGAGAAAUUGAAGCCUGGUGAUCUUGUUGGCGUGAAUAAGGAUUCGUAUCUGAUCUUAGAUCAAUUGCCUGCAGAAUACGACUCCAGAGUGAAGGCCAUGGAAGUGGACGAAAAACCUACUGAAACCUAUGCGGACAUCGGUGGAUUAGAUAAGCAGGUUGAGGAGCUGGUUGAGGCCGUCGUGCUGCCAAUGCAGCAGGCUGAGAAGUUCAAAAACCUGGGAAUUAAGCCGCCUAAGGGCGCUUUGAUGUACGGACCUCCAGGAACGGGCAAAACGUUGCUUGCUAGAGCAUGUGCCGCGCAGUCGAAUGCUACAUUUUUGAAACUGGCUGCUCCCCAGCUGGUUCAAAUGUUUAUUGGUGACGGAGCCAAGCUGGUGCGGGAUGCGUUCGAGCUAGCCAAGGAGAAAUCGCCAACUAUUAUUUUCAUCGAUGAGCUGGACGCCAUUGGAACUAAGAGAUUUGACUCUGAUAAGUCUGGUGAUAGAGAAGUGCAAAGAACCAUGUUGGAGUUGCUUAACCAGCUGGACGGUUUUGACUCCGACGACCGAGUCAAGGUCUUGGCUGCCACCAACAGAGUGGAUACGUUAGACCCUGCCUUACUGAGAUCGGGUAGGCUGGACCGUAAGAUCGAGUUCCCGCUGCCAUCUGAGGAGGCCAGAGCUCAAAUUCUUCAAAUUCACGCGAGAAAGAUGACCUGUGACGAUAACGUUAACUGGCAAGAACUGGCCAGAUCUACAGACGAGUUCAAUGGUGCACAGCUGAAGGCCGUGACUGUGGAGGCAGGAAUGAUUGCAUUGAGAAACGGACAGUCUGUCAUCAAGCACGAGGACUUCGUGGAAGGUAUCAGCGAAGUGCAAUCGAGAAAAAACAAGUCCGUUUCGUUCUAUGCAUGA